GUUCCUUUGACUGAACAAACAACAGUUCCCGAGAUGAAGUUCCUGAUCAUCCUUGCCCUGGCCGUGGCCGCCUCCGCUCUGCCGGAGCCGGAGCUGCGUCACCGCAGCCGCGAGAUGCCCGUGGUGGGCAGCAUCGAGGGCCGCAUCACCGGAGGAAGCGCCGCCGCCGUUGGCCAGUUCCCCUACCAGGUGGGACUUUCCCUGAAGCUGAGCGCUCUGUCCAGCGCCUGGUGCGGUGGCUCCCUGAUCGGCAGCCAGUGGGUGCUGACCGCUGCCCACUGUACCGAUGGAGUCCAGUCCGUGACCGUCUACCUGGGCGCCACCGUCCGUACCUCCCCCGAGGUCAGCUCCACCGUCUCCAGCUCCGACAUCAUCAUCCACUCCGGCUGGAACAGCUCCAACCUGAAGAACGACAUCUCCCUGAUCAAGAUCCCCGCCGUCAGCUACAGCAGCAGGAUCUCCGCCGUCGAGCUCCCAGCCGUCGCCAGCUCCUACUCGACCUACGCCGGUGACACCGCCAUCGCCUCCGGCUGGGGCCGCACCAGCGACUCGUCCAGCUCCGUGGCCACCAACCUGCAGUACACCCAGCUGACCGUCAUCACCAACAGCGUGUGCGCCGCCACCUACGGCACCUCGAUCGUGACCUCCACCAACAUCUGUGUCUCCACCACCAACGGCAAGUCCACCUGCAACGGUGACUCCGGCGGCCCCCUGGUCCUCGAGUCCAGCAAGGUCCAGAUCGGUCUGACCUCCUUCGGUGCCGCUGCCGGUUGCGAGAAGGGCUACCCCGCUGCCUUCACCCGUGUGACCAGCUACCUGACCUGGAUCAAGUCCAACACUGGCCUGUAAGGAGCCAUUGGGAACUAGCAUUUCGCAAAAUAAAAAUCGAUUCUAACGAA